ACGGCGCUUUUGUACUGUAGUCAAACAUUAGCUUUGGAAUGUUUGUUGCUAACAAGCCAAGGGUACGCUCACAGAAACCAAAUGGACAUCGUCAUCAGAUGAAAUAUCAAUUGCUUUUGAUGGAGUGACACUCGAAUCCUUACAACAGGAUUGUCAGUAUCUGUCAUAAUGAGUUUUUUACGCAACCGCCUCGUCGUAUUGGGACUGGUAUUACUGGCCACUGUACUGCUGUAUCUGCUUCUUCCGUCCAUACGCCAGGGAAGCAUGGAACCGUCUUUGGAGGUCCAGAGGAUGGGAUUGUCAGUGGGCACUCCGCCUCCCUCCUCACCCAUCAAUAUCACCAUCCGGACACGGCAGCUACCAGGAGACCCUCCAUUAUUCUUCCGAGAAGCUCUCCCAGUCGAUGCAGCUGGAAGGCAAAUCUUGCCCAAGCUUCAGAUUGUGUUGCUGCAUGGCCAAGCCUUUACCUCCAAAACCUGGGAGGAGUUGGGGACUCUUAGUCUUCUUGCAACUAAUGGAUACCAAGCCUUGGCUGUGGACCUACCAGGAUUUGGGAAUUCUCCAGAUUCGGAGACUGUGAAGACAGACCAAAGCCGUGCUGAGCUACUGCGAAUGUUCUUGGAGUCACUUGGGGUGCGCACUGCAGUUCUGAUCAGCCCCUCUAUGAGUGGGCACUAUUCAAUGCCCUUUCUCAUGAAGCACAGCACACAGUUGCAUGGGUUUGUGCCCAUCGCCCCAGUUGGCACUCGCAGCUACACUGCACAGCAAUAUCAGGCCAUCCAGACACCAACACUGAUAGUUUUUGGUGAGCUGGACACCAACCUGGGAGCACAGUCUCAUAAGAACCUACUGCAGCUGCCCAACCACACGGUGGCCAAACUGCAAGGGGCACGGCAUGCCUGCUACAUGGACAAGCCCCGCGAGUUCCACCUGGCCUUGCUCGAUUUCCUGAACAAACUGGACUGAGACUGGGAUAAAGCCAUGUCGUGUGUGAGGAAGAGCAAAAGAGGUGGAGAGACUGAGAAAAAAAAAAAGAUAGGUGGGUGGCGGGUGAUCCCACAGGCCUUGGAGGAUGAAGGGUGCACACUCCCAUUCAGAUAUUCCACCGUGAACGUUCCGCUCAGUGUAUGGGACAUAUAUGUAUGCUCUAACGUUCCAUCAUUUUAGAACCACUGUGCUCCACUGAAGCAGUCAUUCAUGUUGUGUUACAUAGAUUAGUCCCAUGUUGCAGUAUUUUAUUCAUUUAUUGAACAGUUUAGUGUAUAUUUCAGAAUGCUGGAAUGUGAAGUGAACUUUAAAACAGAAUUAUCAUCCUUAAUGAUGUUAGGGUGUGUAUUAUUUCUUAAGAAUUGACCAUCAGAGAUUGUUCUGCUUGAUGCAGUGAUGUCUCUCACCAAACAGAGAAUGCGAAAACAAAAGAAUGUUAGAAAAUGUGUCACAUGUAACAGUUUUCUAUUUGGAGCACAAUAGUGUGCAACAGCUGUUCUCAAACCAGUUGUCAAGUAGUGCUGACAGAGAUGGAAUAUCAGCACAAUGGCCAUUCUUUUCUGCAAUAGAUGUUAACGGAAAAGGGGUUGAGCAAAAUAUUUAUUGCAAUAUUUAAUGCAAGCUGCACAGGGCCUGCUGUUGCUGAAAUCUUAAGAUGACCCUAUAUUGGCUUGUUAAUUUUAAAGCUUUAUUUAUUAUCCACAACAUUUAACACAAAUGGAGACAUGUAACAUUUGAAGGGGCAGCUUUUUGCAAUUGCAAAUGUGACUCAUGGUUGUAUACAAAAUGAAAACGUGUACAGUUGUACAAAUGUUACAUUAAAAUGUGUUGUCAUUGA